GCAGAGGUAAUACAUGAAAAAGCAGAGCAUAUUAAAAGUGAAAGGACAUGCCGAUUCUCCAAUUGUAUACGACUUUACAAACAUUCUCAUCAUUGCUGCUUCCUCCUCUUUUUUUUUUUUUUUUUCUUUCUCUUUUAUAAUUCUACUACGCUUUUCGCCAAAAUGGACCGUCUGUUUGAUUUAACACGGAAGAGAAAAAAUAUGGCAGUUUCACCGGAUACAAUGCCGGAGAAUUCCUUCAUCGAUUUCCGUGCACCGCCGCCUUCUCCGAUCGCUUCAGGCAGGCGAUCCUGCGUACGGAACGAUGAAAUUCUAACAGAAUUUCUGCAAAAUUCGUUAAAAGUACCGGACCUCGUGCUUCCUGAUCGUGUUUUUCCAAGGCAAAAAUCGAUUCGAAAUCCGUUUAAACUCGAUUUUCAGUCAUUAGCGUCGCUGAAUAGUGAUUCGAUGUCUAGAAUUUUGGAUUCAGUUGCAACGAUCGGGUGCUUUGAGGUGGUUAACCAUGGAAUUUCAGAGGAUUUGAUCAAGUCAGUUUCGUCCGUGGGAGACGGAAUCUUCGGGAUUUCACCGGAGAUAAAGGAAAAAUUAAUAAGGUCAUCGGAGAAGGCGUAUGGAUUUGAGGAGUUUCACGGAGAGGAUGAAAGAGAGACGAGUGAAGAGUUUGUUUGGUACAGAGGAGAUCAAAAUUUCAAUAAGGAAAUGGAGGGAAUUUGGCCUCAUGGAUUUUUGAAUUUCAGCGAAAAGAUGGAAAAACUUUUGGAUGGCAUGGAAGACAUAGCUAGGAAAAUCCUACAAUUCCUGCAGCAGAAUACUCCUAAAAAAUUAAUCGAUGAUCUUGGUGAUGAAAUGCAAGAGAAAGGGGAUUUGCCAGUAGCCUCCAUAUGUUAUUUGCACAAGCAUAAAGGAAGCUUAAAAGGAGAUGAAGAGUACAUAAACACCUUGAAAUAUGAUGUGAUUAGAAUGUUGAUAAGAGGAUCUGAGUUUCCUCAUGCAUUGUGUUUGCAUGUAAGCAAUGGAUGCUCGGAGUUUCAUGUUUAUUCCAAGAAAGGUUGGAUCUCUUUUCAGCCUGAUAAAGACUCACUUAUAGUCACCAUUGGAGAUCUCUUACAGUGAUUGAAGUUCAAGCUUUUCUACCCGAAGUUCAGGACAUUAGGCUGAACCUACCUCUAAAUUUUUCCUUUGUGAAUCUUCAUAUUUCGGAUCAAUUUAGGUACAUCUCAACUAAUUUUAUAAAAUAACACCUCAACUAAUUUUACAGGAUAGCUAUUACGAUGAAUAAAUGCUGAGCUCAACAAAAGACUUUUGUGAAAAUGUCCCAUGAUGAUCCAUUAUGACGGCCAUCAAUGUGUUUUAGUUGUAGAUAUAGAAACCCCACACGCAGCCCAUCCCAUCUACACUUCACAACCUUUUGCUUUAAGUAUCUUCCUUUUCAUUUUUAAAGAACAAUCUGAAGGGCCCCUUAAUUAACCCCUUUGAUCUACCAUCAUUUUAGAAAAAAUGGAAAAAUAAUUGAUAUUAUAGGGUAUGCAUCGGUCGGUUCGGUUC